UUCCACGGGGGACAUUAUUGACUUUCGGCGGCUAAUCAGAUGUGCUUGGUCUUUCCUGAGCUCAAAUCAAAACAUUUGAACCUGUGGAAGAGAAAGGCCCGCGAAACAAUUCAAACUUUCAUUGUCCAACCGAUAUAAAAUAAAUAAAAAUAAUAAAGUUAGGACCACUGAUGAUUGACCAUCGACGUCGAUAGAGCUUCAUCCAGUUCCCAAAUCGAUAUCGUAGAAGAAGAUGGGCGUGGAAAUAGUUGCAGACGACGGAGCUGAUCAUGACAAUAGUUGCUUCGACGACGAAUGGCGGCCGGCGUUAGACAAUGAGCUUAUAGACGAGGGGAGGGAAAGUUACGAGAUUAGGGAGGAAGACGAAGAUGGGGAAGAAGAAGACAGUUUCUCCGCCGAUUUCUAUCGCUGUGGCACCGAUUGGUCGUGCUUGUUGCCGGCUCAUGAGGAGGGGAAGAAGAAGCUCAAACAGGCUAAUCUAUUGUCAAUGUGGGGAUUGAAGGAGCCCAAGCCCCAAGUUUUAUCUCCGCCUCCACCCAAGAGAUUGAAGACUCUGUCUGUUAUUAACCCUAGGGAAUCAGUUUCCCCAAAUUUUGGCAAAUCAAAGAACAAUUCCACAGUAACGCCUCCUAGCAGCAAUCGGCCUCGUAUUUGUCCCUUCUAUAAAAGGAUUCCUGGCACACCAUUCGCCGUGGAUGCUUUUCGUUAUGGUUCGAUUCAGGGAUGCUCUGCCUAUUUCCUUACCCAUUUCCAUUUUGAUCACUAUGGUGGUCUUACCAAGGGAUGGUCUCACGGCCUUAUUUACUGCACGCGUCUCACUGCUCGCCUCCUUACGCUCUGCCUCUCCGUUAAUUCAUCAUAUGUUCACCCUUUGGACCUCAAUACUGAGUAUGUUAUUGGAGGAGUUAGUGUAACGUUACUAGAAGCUCUUCACUGCCCAGGUGCAGCUUUGAUUCACUUUCGUCUUCCCACUGGUCUUUGCUACUUGCACACUGGAGAUUUCCGGGCUUCCAAGUGCAUGCAGUCUUAUGCGCUUCUUCUAAAACAGAAAGUCAAUGUACUUUACCUGGAUACAACUUACUGCAACCCAAAAUACAAUUUCCCUUCAAAGGAAGAUGUAUUAGAUUAUGUUGUUAGAGUUACUAAAGACUUCCUCAAAAGGCAACCCAAAACCCUUGUUGUUGUUGGGGCAUACAGCAUUGGAAAAGAAUGUGUUUAUCUUGCCAUUUCCAAAGCAUUAGGGGUUAAAAUUUAUGCUAGUGCUUCAAGGAGGCGGGUUCUGCAUUCUUUUGGUUGGUCUGAUUUUUCAAGUAGUCUAUGUACACAAGCAAAGGACACACUUCUACACGUGCUUCCCAUAUCUUCCCUACGAUUUGAGACAUUAAAAGAUUAUUUGAAGAACUUUGUAAAUCAGUAUGCAGCAGUUUUGGCAUUUCGCCCAACAGGCUGGACUUACUCUGAGAGUGUAGGCAAACAGCUUGAUCAAAUUAGACCCAUUUCUAAAGGCAAUGUCACAAUUUAUGGGGUUCCAUACAGUGAGCACUCUAGCUUCUCAGAACUGAAGGAGUUUGUUAAGUUCUUGAAGCCAGAUAAGAUAAUUCCUACUGUCAAUGUUGGGAAUCCUGCAACUCGAGACAAGAUGCAAUCUUAUUUCCAGGAAUGGCUAAAAGGCUAAUGUUUUGCACUAAUGAAAUAUUCCAAAUUGGUGCGAGUGGAGAUCCCUCUCAGAUCAGGCAUAAUAAUUGACCCAGUUAUUUUAUAUGAAGCCUCGUGAAAAGGGAAUAUAUUUAUCAAUACAACUGAAUAUGUACUUUUUUUUAACGAUGAUUGGGAGUGCUGUCAGGCACAAAAUCAUUGGAUUAUCAAAUUCAUUAAAUUAUGAAUAGUGAGGUUUUCACCGGGCAGCUUCAUAAUGUUUCUCUAGCAAGGCCACUGUAGGUGGGGUUCAGACUUCAGACUGGAGUUCAGAGCAUCACUCAUGAAUGUAUGUAUAUUUCAUUUUACCCUCAUCCUGCACUUUCAGUUAUCUACUGAAGAACAAAGGUGAAGCAUUCAGGACAUUGCUUUCAUUUCUUGGUGGAAUUGUUGUAAUAUUUCAUAAUGUUCAUUUGUCUGAAUAUUUAAUUCAUUGCAGAAAGAAGCAGGAAAGAAAUGAAAUCUACUAUUUCUAAGUUAA